CCUUGCUGUAGCCUACAGCAUACCUCGGGAACCAUUUAGCCAGACUAAUUUGGGUGGAUCACAAAUCACGCACAGGUUCCUUAAUGGACAUUCAGACAAUGGAGCGUGGUUCACUUUUGCGGGUGGAUUGGUAUAUAAAAUGUUUGUUUCUGUACGUUUACGUGGUCUUGGCGAAUGCGGAGUUCGAUGGCAGUCCUGAUCCAAUAGCUUUGUCACCUGGCAGAUGGCCUGGGCAGAUGGGAUCAUCUAGUGGACUGUGUCGGUAUGGUGGCCGAGUGGACUGCUGCUGGGGUUGGACACGAAAUUCCUGGGGUCACUGCCAACCAUCCUACGUCUUAACCCUCAAAGUAGUCGGGAUAAGGUGCAGAGCCCAAGCUGUAUGCCACCAUGGUUGCAAGCAUGGACAGUGUGCUGGACCCAACAAGUGCACGUGCCACCUUGGCUUCAUGGGAAAGACCUGCAAUCAAGAUGUCCACGUAUGUGCGAUGGCAAACUGUCAGUAUGGAUGUGACGUGGUGAAAGGGGAGGUGCACUGUCAGUGUCCAUCUCCUGGUUUACAUCUUGCACCAGAUGGCAGGACAUGUGUGGAUGUAGAUGAGUGUGCUGCUGGUCUUGCUGUGUGCCCCAGGUUUCACAAAUGCAUCAACAGCUUUGGGAGCUAUAUCUGCAGAUGCUAUGAAGGCUUUGUCCUGCAGUACAUCAAUGGAAAAUAUCAAUGUAUUGCUAUUCCAAAGGUGAUUAUUGAACCUCCAAGACCUGGGAAAAUCCCACCGAAAAAUAGAGUCACUGAUGCUGACAAGACAAGGAUCAUCACCUUACAACCACCAGCGACCAUACCAACUAUAGCAAAAUCCACAGACUCCACAGUGUCUACUGCAGUACCUCCACAUCGAAAGAAGACAGGCCCACAUAAGCCACUUCUCCCCACACGUCAGUCCAAAAGACCCACUGUGAGAACUCCAUUAUUGGUCACCCCAAAACCACACUUAAGACCCUGGAGGCCACCAUUCUCCAUUACAAAGGCCCCUUCUCUCACUCACAAGGUCAAUCCCACACAGCGGCUCCCUGCUCCAACGGUCACUUCCUUGGAUAACAGAAUAAGCAAAGUUUUCACACCAAAACAGAGAGGAGAUGUCCACAUACCACGUAAACAAGGCCAGGAAAAUGGACUGGGUUUUAAUUUUGAUGUUGAACUGGGAAACACUGAUGAGGAAAUGGGUGAUGAUCCAGAGGCUGGUGUUCUGAGCUGUACUUUUGAUUAUGGCAUUUGUGGGUGGAUAAGGCACAGGGAAGGAGACUCACAGUGGACAACUGUAGAAUAUCCUUCAGGUGAGAAAUAUCUGACUCUCCCUGAAGUCACUGUGAAGCACAGUGGAAGGGGAGCUCAGCUUAUCCUGCCUCUCAGUGCACCAUGGAACCAGGGCUCCAUGUGUUUGUCUUUCCGACAUAAGCUUGCUGGCCAUCAUGUGGGUAUGUUGCAAGUAUUUGUGGAGAAGGGUCGGCUGCAUAGCCCAGCAAUGUGGGGCAGGACCAGAGGAACUGGGUGGAUGUUAGCCCAGAUUACACUGUGGGGGAACAAACUUGAAAGUAUAAUUAUUAAAGGUGAGCGUAGAAGAAAUCGACAAGGAGAGAUUGCUCUUGAUGACAUUACCCUAAGAAGGGGGCACUGCCCAGAAGAAUAUAACCUGAGAUAUUGAAACAGUCACAAAAAGCACCUACUGUACAGUGAU